AUGGGUAAUGGAGCUUCUCACAAUACGUGUACGGGCAAUAAUCACAAUUACUGGGCCAUGGAGGGCACGACACAGUUCUACCAAUGUACGUGUGGCGACCAGUUCAGACCAUUUACACAUUCCUGGUAUGGUCGUGAGCCAACGGUGCAGCAGGAUUACCACAUUUGGAGCGAAAAUACAACUAAACCUCGUGAAGAAUCUCGGGAGGAGAACUUCACCGAUUCCAGUGACACGGGUCGAUGCGGUAACCCCGACGGACGCCCUUCCAUUGACUGGGACGUGUUCAUGCCGUGGUCAUCGAUCGCGGACCCUGAGGACCUGAAACGCCUCUCAGAACUCCCGCUGUCGCCGUACGCGUCGUGCGCCGAGGAGGAGGAGCGGGAGGCAGGCCGACCGCGCCGCCUCCGCCCGCGCACCGCCCCUGUGCGCCUGCGCGCCGGCGGCCCGCUCGCCAAGCCCCCCACGCCCUCCGCGCCCGGACGAUGCUCAGUUGAUUUGUAA